CCUUAUGGAAGAGGCCUUACAACACCGCAGCCACACCCAAGUAUGAUUUGUCCAUCAUCACCACAGCCCAGACCGUCAAACUGGUAGUAACCAUUUCUGAACCCAUUUCCGGUACUACAUACAGUAGCCCCAUCGUCCCCUCCUGGAGCAUCAUGUUGCAAUUGGCCACCAACUUUCUGGGUCUAGUAGCAACAGCAGCAGUUGUACAGCCUGCCUUUUUAAUGAACACCAGGUGGCGGCAGUGACAUGGGGGACUAUGCAGCACUUCAACUGGACACGCGUCUGCGACGACUAUAUCCAACACGGCUGCCCAUCAUGACACGCUGCCCACCAGGAGAAGUGAUUGUUCGUGUUGCCUAUGCUGGCAUCUGCCACACUGAUCUUGCCAUUCUGCAGGGUGAUUUUCAAAUAGACUGUGAUCGGCUUGUUCUUGGACAUGAAAUAAGUGGAAUUGUCUCAGGUGUUGGCAAAGAAGUUAAUUGGUUGAGAAUUGGUGACAAGGUCGCUGUGAAUCCAAACAGCAAAUGCGAGCGAUGUGCAGUUUGUCUUCAUGAGGAAAUGGGUGCACCUGCGGAAGCAAGUGUAGGUGUGGAACGAGAUGGAGGCUGGGCAGAGUUCUGCCUAGUGCCACAGUCGCAGUUACACUUGCUGCCAUCAGACGUCCCUCUCAAACAAGGUGUGCUAUGUGAGAGUCUCUCAUGCGUGGCUCAUGCAUGGGAACAUGUGACACCACUUCCACACAGUGCACGUGUUGCUGUGCUUGGCACUGACCUGGUGGGCUGUCUUACUGCCAGCCUGCUGCACGUACAGGGCUACCGCCAUGUCACAUUGUGUGAACAUUCUGAGGCUGCCCGCCAGAGAGCCCACAGUCUCGGCCUUGGGUAUGAGAUGAUAGAUCAUAAUGAACUCUGUAACAAGACUUUUGAUUUGGCAAUUGACUGUACAGGAGAUGCCAUGAUCCAGCAAGAAGCAGCCCAUGCAUUAGGUUUUGGAGGACACCUUCUCAUUUUCAGAUCAAACUCUGUGAAGGACAGACUAUGCCUGUCACCAUUUAAUAUUUUCACAAAUGAGAUAAAAGUCACUGGUUCCCUUAUCAAUCCUUAUGCCUUUGGGAAGGCUCUUACUUGGGCUUCAGUGUUGGGGCACAGGUAUCUUGAUUUCAACAAAUUGGGUGUUGUCUCAUACCCAUUAAAAGAGUACCAAGAAGCUCUUGAGACAGCAAAGAGUGAUGAUGCAGCAAAAGUAGUCUUUGAGUUUGAUGUUUCUGAUGUACCGACUCCAUAAAUGCCUAAAGCAAAGGCAAACAAUCUCACAGUAAUGACUCACAUAUCAACCAUUUAUACAGCUUUUGUUUAGGCUAAAACUACAUACUAAAGCUACAAUACUUA